CUGAAACCCAGUAAGUCCUCCCCUUUUAUUUCACUAUCUUUCUUUCCCUGCCACUUGUUCUUACACCAAGUUCAACCAUGUCAUCAGCUGUGGUUGCAGGUGCCUCUUCUUCUUGCUCUGCCGCCCUCACCAGCAGGAACCACUCCAGCAAAGCUACCCCAACCCCAUCUUCAAAGGCAUUCACACCUUAUACUUGUCAGAAAACCGCAUUGCAAGGCCUGUCUCUUCAAGAGGCCAAAAAGGGUGUCUCAGGCUUCUUCCUAGCUGAGAGAAAGAGCAGCUCCAGUUCCAGUCAUGCGAGAAGAGGACUUGAGAUCACUGCAAGAACUGCUGGUGCUUCAAGAGCUAUAGAGGUUGAGGUUGACAAGCCUCUUGGCCUGACGUUGGGUCAAAAACAAGGAGGUGGUGUAGUUAUCACUGCUGUAGAUGGGGGUGGGAAUGCAGCAAAAGCAGGGCUUAAGGCAGGGGACCAGGUACUUUACACCAGUAGUUUCUUUGGAGAUGAACUUUGGCCUGCGGAUAAGCUUGGAUUCACUAAAACUGCCAUCCAAGCAAAGCCAGAUUCUGUCUAUUUUGUUGUUAACAGAGGUGCAGAAGUAGAUGUUAGACGACUAAUAAAGCGGCCAGCACCACCUCGCUUUGGAAGGAAAUUGACUGAGGCUCAGAAGGCAAGAGCAACUCAUAUUUGUCUUGAUUGUGGAUACAUAUACACUGCACAGAAACCUUUUGAUGAGCAGCCUGAUACUUAUGCAUGCCCUCAAUGUCGAGCACCGAAGAAGAGAUUUGCAAAAUAUGAUGUGAAUACUGGCAAAGCUAUUGGUGCAGGGUUACCCCCAAUUGGUGUCAUUAUUGGGCUGGUAGCUGGUGUUGGAGCUGUUGGAGCUUUACUUGUUUAUGGCCUUCAGUGAAAUCCUGUAUUCAAAGAACUGGUGGUACAAGUAUGGUUUUGUAACUCAUAUUUGGUUUCAAUAUCAAAUGUAAGGAGUUGAUAAGUGAAAUCUGCCUAAAGCUGCUUCAUAAACAACAGUACACUGACCAAUGCAAUUUUCACAGUCUAUUUUCUUCUU